AUGGGAUCACAUGUCAUAAUUCGCGCCAUUCUUCUCACACUAUUUAUUUGCCAUUUACCAUGGGCAACAAUUGCUGAAAGUGAGAAGAGCAUCUUUCUGUUCAAAGAUGUGCUCCAGUCCAACACAACAGGCCUGACAACGUCUGGCUUUAAUACGCUGCUCAUCUUCCGGAUCGGCGUGCUAGAGAAUGGCGACCUGGUCUACUACUCCACAGGUGGCGCAGGGGAGGCUGUCGACGCUCCCGUCGUGACCAAUGGCUCAUAUAUCGGAGGGGCUGCGCUCGCUGACAAGAUCAAGUCCUUCAAGACGGGCGUGACAAGAAUUGACCGUGUAGAGGUGUCCCUCGUAUCGCAGGAUACGACCUUUCAGAACAUUCGCGCAAUGAUCAGUGAGAGCGGAACUGGCUCAGAUACAGUACUGUAUCAAAGCUUCGAAGCGCUCAGGAAUGCCUGGGAUCUUGAUGCACUUAACAACGAUGAUGAGUCCGUCUACGAUGUAUCUAGCACUGUCAGCUUUGCUACUAUGCUCGGCACGAUUGGGUACAAAUAUACCAUAGCGCCGUACACAUCAAUCAACUUCUGGAAUACGAUCAAGACCCAGAUCAAUUCCGAAGUACCUGACCUUCUUGAUCGCGUGUACCUGCAAGUCUAUGACGGAGGGGCGGGUAAUAACCCUGAGACGUGGCAAGAUACGCUGGGGAUGAAGAUUUCGCCAAUAGUCUGGGUCACCAACGACGCAAAACCAUCCCAGGGAACCACGCCUGCACAAGCACAAACGAAAUUUUCAGGCUGGUAUACGCAAUACGCUGUUGCUGGAGGGGGGUAUUGGAAUGAUUACGAUAUCGAGAAGAUGAAUUCAUCAUAUGUAGAGUAUGGCGGAGUGCUCACAAGCGUCUUUGGAUGA